UCUUUGAUCCAGAUGACAGUUCUCAAUCUGCUACCACGGCUGGCGGCUUUUCGUCCUUCAGCAUUCACAGCUGAUCAGUAUCUUCCAGACACCAUGAAUCAUGUUCUCAGUUGUGUGAAGAAGGAGAAGGAGCGGACAGCAGCCUUCCAGGCUUUGGGUUUGCUUUCUGUGGCUGUGAGGUCUGAGUUUCAAGCUUACCUGCCAAAAGUUCUUGAAAUCAUUAAAGCAGCUCUUCCACCAAAGGACUUUGCCCACAAGAGGCAGAAGUCUGUGCAGGUUGAUGCCACAGUCUUCACCUGCAUUAGUAUGCUGGCACGAGCCAUGGGACCCAGCAUCCAGCAGGACAUCAAAGAGCUUUUGGAACCUAUGCUGGCUGUGGGCCUGAGCCCUGCUCUGACAGCUGUGCUGUAUGACUUGAGUCGCCAGAUCCCCCAGCUAAAGAAGGAUAUCCAGGAUGGGCUGCUGAAAAUGCUCUCCCUUGUCCUAAUGCACAAGCCUCUGCGACAUCCAGGCAUGCCAAAGGGCCUGGCCCACCAGCUUGCCUCCCCUAGCCUCACCAACAUCCCAGAGGCCAGUGAUGUGGGUAGCAUCACCCUAGCCCUUCGUACACUGGGUAGCUUUGAAUUUGAAGGCCACUCUCUGACCCAGUUUGUCCGGCACUGUGCAGACCACUUCCUGAACAGCGAGCACAAGGAGAUCCGGAUGGAAGCAGCCCGCACCUGCUCUCGCCUCCUCACCCCUUCCAUCCACCUGAUCAGUGGCCAUGCCCAUGUGGUCAGUCAGACAGCAGUGCAGGUUGUGGCUGAUGUACUCAGCAAACUGCUUGUGGUUGGAAUAACUGACCCAGACCCUGAUAUACGUUUCUGUGUGCUGGCUUCUUUGGAUGAGCGAUUCGAUGCUCACCUGGCUCAGGCUGAAAAUUUGCAAGCUCUUUUUGUGGCCUUGAAUGAUCAAGUGUUUGAAAUCCGAGAGCUGGCCAUCUGCACUGUGGGUCGCCUGAGCAGCAUGAACCCUGCCUUUGUCAUGCCCUUUCUGCGCAAGAUGCUAAUCCAGAUUCUGACAGAGCUAGAGCACAGUGGUGUUGGCAGGAUUAAAGAGCAAAGUGCCAGGAUGUUGGGUCACCUUGUUUCCAAUGCUCCACGCCUCAUUCGUCCGUACAUGGAGCCUAUCCUAAAGGCACUGAUUGUGAAACUGAAAGAUCCUGAUCCAGACCCAAAUCCAGGGGUAAUUAACAACGUCCUGGCUACCAUAGGGGAGCUUGCACAGGUCAGUGGGCUGGAAAUGAGGAAGUGGGUGGAUGAGCUCUUCAUUAUAAUUAUGGACAUGUUACAGGAUUCCUCUCUGCUGGCUAAAAGACAAGUGGCUCUUUGGACACUGGGACAGCUUGUGGCCAGCACUGGUUAUGUGGUGGAACCAUACAGGAAGUACCCAACUUUGCUGGAGGUGCUUCUGAACUUCCUGAAGACUGAGCAGAACCAGGGCACCCGUAGAGAGGCCAUUCGUGUGCUAGGGUUGCUGGGUGCUUUGGACCCUUAUAAACACAAAGUGAACAUUGGCAUGAUUGAUCAGUCACGAGAUGCUUCAGCUGUCAGCCUCUCAGAGUCCAAAUCCAGCCAGGAUUCUUCGGACUACAGCACCAGUGAGAUGCUGGUGAACAUGGGAAACCUCCCUCUGGAUGAGUUCUACCCAGCUGUCUCUAUGGUGGCACUGAUGAGAAUUUUCCGAGACCAGUCCUUGUCACAACACCACACGAUGGUAGUCCAGGCCAUCACUUUUAUUUUCAAAUCCCUUGGGCUGAAGUGUGUGCAAUUCCUGCCCCAGGUCAUGCCAACUUUUCUUAACGUAAUCCGGGUUUGUGAUGGUGCCAUCCGAGAGUUCCUCUUCCAGCAACUGGGGAUGUUGGUGUCCUUUGUGAGAAGUCAUAUUCGGCCCUAUAUGGAUGAAAUUGUCACCCUGAUGAGAGACUUUUGGGUCAUGAACAACUCCAUACAGAGCACCAUUAUCCUACUUAUUGAGCAAAUUGUGGUGGCUCUGGGAGGUGAAUUCAAACUUUAUCUGCCUCAGCUCAUUCCUCACAUGUUACGGGUCUUCAUGCAUGACAACAGUCAGAGUCGUGUUGUGUCCGUCAAGCUCUUGAAUGCAAUCCAACUCUUUGGAGCUAACCUGGAUGACUACCUUCAUUUGUUACUACCUCCAAUUGUGAAGUUAUUUGAUGCCCCGGAUGUCCCAGUGGUGGCUCGCAAAGCUGCUCUAGAAACAGUGGACCGCUUGACUGAAUCCCUGGAUUUCACUGAUUAUGCUUCACGGAUCAUUCAUCCCAUCGUGCGGACACUAGAUCAGAGCCCUGAGCUUCGGACAACUGCAAUGGACACCCUCUCCUCUCUGGUCUUCCAGCUGGGAAAGAAGUACCAGAUUUUUAUCCCGAUGGUGAACAAAGUUCUGGUGCGACACAGAAUUAACCACCAACGCUAUGAUGUUCUCAUCUGCAGGAUUGUAAAGGGCUAUACUCUUGCUGAUGAAGAGGAGGAUCCCCUGAUUUAUCAACACCGAAUGCUGAGAAGCAACCAGGGAGAAACUUUGGCCAGUGGUCCUGUGGAAACGGGUCCCAUGAAGAAAUUGCAUGUUAGCACCAUCAACCUGCAGAAGGCCUGGGGAGCAGCUAGAAGAGUUUCCAAAGACGACUGGUUGGAAUGGUUAAGAAGACUGAGUUUGGAGCUGCUGAAAGAUUCCUCCUCACCAUCCUUGCGCUCGUGCUGGGCCCUGGCUCAGGCCUAUAAUCCCAUGGCUCGUGAUCUCUUCAAUGCUGCUUUUGUUUCAUGCUGGUCUGAACUAAACGAAGACCAGCAGGACGAGCUGAUCCGAAGCAUUGAAUUGGCCCUGACUUCUCAGGACAUUGCAGAAGUCACUCAGACACUGCUGAACUUGGCAGAAUUCAUGGAACACAGUGACAAGGGUCCACUGCCUCUGAGAGAUGACAAUGGCAUUGUGCUCCUGGGGGAACGUGCUGCCAAGUGUCGAGCAUAUGCCAAGGCCCUGCACUACAAGGAGCUGGAAUUUCAGAAGGGCCCCACCCCAGCCAUUCUAGAGUCUCUCAUCAGCAUUAACAAUAAACUGCAACAGCCAGAAGCAGCUGCUGGAGUACUGGAAUAUGCCAUGAAGCACUUUGGGGAGCUGGAAAUUCAAGCUACCUGGUAUGAAAAGCUCCAUGAAUGGGAAGAUGCUCUGGUGGCCUAUGACAAGAAGAUGGACACAAACAAAGAUGAUCCUGAGCUGAUGCUGGGACGGAUGCGUUGCUUGGAAGCACUUGGUGAAUGGGGGCAGCUCCACCAGCAAUGCUGUGAAAAGUGGACCCAGGUCAAUGAUGAAACUCAAGCUAAAAUGGCUAGGAUGGCUGCUGCUGCUGCCUGGGGUCUAGGUCAGUGGGAUAGCAUGGAAGAAUAUACCUGCAUGAUCCCAAGGGACACCCAUGAUGGUGCUUUCUACAGGGCUGUGCUGGCUCUUCAUCAGGACCUUUUCUCACUGGCUCAGCAGUGCAUUGACAAAGCCAGAGAUCUGCUAGAUGCUGAGCUGACUGCCAUGGCAGGAGAGAGCUAUAGUCGAGCCUAUGGGGCUAUGGUAUCCUGCCAGAUGCUGUCAGAGCUGGAAGAGGUUAUCCAGUACAAACUUGUACCAGAACGCCGUGAGAUCAUCCGCCAGAUCUGGUGGGAAAGGCUGCAGGGCUGUCAACGAAUUGUGGAAGACUGGCAAAGGAUACUGAUGGUCCGAUCUCUUGUUGUGAACCCUCAUGAGGACAUGAGAACUUGGCUGAAGUAUGCCAGCUUGUGUGGCAAGAGUGGGAGACUGGCUUUGGCCCAUAAGACACUUGUCCUGCUCUUGGGUGUAGAUCCAUCUCGACAGCUGGAUCACCCCCUGCCCACAGUACACCCCCAAGUGACUUACGCCUACAUGAAGCACAUGUGGAAGAGUGCCCGUAAGAUCGAUGCGUUCCAGCACAUGCAGCACUUCGUGCAGACAAUGCAGCAGCAGGCACAGCAUGCCAUUGCAACUGAGGACCAGCAGCACAAGCAGGAACUCCACAAGCUCAUGGCACGGUGUUUCCUGAAACUGGGUGAGUGGCAGCUGAACCUGCAAGGCAUCAAUGAGAGCACAAUCCCCAAAGUCCUGCAAUACUACAGUGCUGCAACAGAGCAUGAUCGCAACUGGUACAAGGCCUGGCAUGCCUGGGCAGUGAUGAACUUUGAAGCAGUGCUUCACUACAAACAUCAAAACCAGGCCAGAGAUGAGAAGAAGAAACUACGUCAUGCCAGUGGAGCCAGCAUCACCAGUGCCAACACUGAGGGCAGCAACAGUGAGAGUGAUGCAGAGAGUGCAGAGAACAGUCCCAUCCCUUCUCCAGUGCAGAAGAAAGUCACUGAGGAUUUAUCCAAGACCCUCCUGAUGUACACAGUCCCUGCUGUCCAAGGUUUCUUCCGCUCCAUAUCUUUGUCUCGAGGAAACAACCUGCAAGACACUCUAAGAGUCCUUACUCUGUGGUUUGACUAUGGCCACUGGCCUGAUGUGAAUGAGGCUUUGGUAGAAGGAGUCAAAGCAAUCCAAAUAGACACUUGGCUGCAGGUUAUCCCUCAGCUCAUUGCAAGAAUUGACACCCCUCGACCAUUGGUAGGACGCCUCAUUCACCAGCUCCUCACAGACAUUGGACGCUACCACCCCCAGGCUUUGAUCUAUCCUUUGACUGUGGCCUCUAAAUCUACAACCACUGCUCGCCACAAUGCUGCAAAUAAGAUCUUGAAAAACAUGUGUGAGCACAGCAACACCCUGGUGCAGCAGGCAAUGAUGGUGAGUGAAGAGCUAAUCCGUGUAGCCAUCCUAUGGCAUGAGAUGUGGCAUGAAGGUCUGGAAGAAGCAUCUCGUCUAUACUUCGGAGAAAGGAAUGUGAAGGGAAUGUUUGAAGUGCUGGAACCACUUCAUGCAAUGAUGGAGCGUGGGCCUCAGACUUUAAAAGAGACAUCCUUCAAUCAGGCCUAUGGCAGAGAUCUAAUGGAAGCUCAGGAGUGGUGCAGGAAGUACAUGAAAUCAGGGAAUGUCAAAGACCUAACUCAGGCAUGGGAUCUCUAUUACCAUGUGUUCCGGCGUAUCUCAAAGCAGCUGCCUCAGCUGACUUCUUUGGAACUACAGUACGUGUCUCCAAAACUCUUAAUGUGCCGGGACCUGGAACUGGCAGUGCCAGGAACCUAUGAUCCCAAUCAGCCCAUUAUACGCAUCCAGUCCAUCGCUCCCUCACUGCAAGUCAUCACCUCCAAGCAGCGGCCCAGGAAGUUAACAUUAAUGGGAAGCAAUGGGCAUGAGUUUGUAUUCCUUCUGAAAGGUCAUGAAGACCUUCGCCAAGAUGAAAGAGUGAUGCAGCUUUUUGGGUUGGUCAACACUCUGCUAGCAAAUGACCCAACUUCUCUUCGGAAAAACCUCAGCAUCCAGAGAUAUGCUGUCAUUCCCCUCUCUACAAAUUCAGGCUUGAUUGGUUGGGUGCCCCACUGUGACACCCUGCAUGCACUCAUCAGAGACUACAGGGAGAAGAAGAAGAUCCUGCUCAACAUUGAGCAUCGCAUCAUGCUGAGGAUGGCUCCAGAUUAUGACCACCUGACUCUGAUGCAGAAAGUAGAAGUAUUUGAACAUGCUGUCAACAACACAGCUGGGGAUGACCUUGCCAAACUGCUGUGGUUGAAAAGCCCAAGCUCAGAGGUCUGGUUUGACAGAAGAACAAACUACACUCGUUCACUAGCUGUGAUGUCAAUGGUUGGGUACAUUUUGGGCCUUGGGGACAGACACCCAUCCAAUCUGAUGCUAGACAGGCUGAGUGGAAAGAUCCUGCAUAUCGACUUUGGGGACUGUUUUGAGGUGGCAAUGACAAGAGAAAAGUUCCCUGAGAAGAUUCCAUUUAGGUUAACAAGAAUGCUGACAAAUGCUAUGGAGGUGACAGGCCUCGAUGGCAAUUACAGAAUCACCUGUCACACUGUGAUGGAAGUCCUGCGUGAGCAUAAGGACAGUGUCAUGGCUGUGCUUGAAGCCUUUGUGUAUGAUCCCUUACUGAACUGGAGGCUCAUGGACACAAAUACAAAGGGCAAUAAGCGCUCACGAACAAGAACAGACUCCUACUCAGCUAGUCAGUCAGUAGAAAUGCUGGACAGUGUGGAAUUGGGUGAGACAGCCCAUAAGAAAACUGGGACCACAGUGCCUGAAUCUAUCCAUUCCUUCAUAGGAGAUGGUCUGGUGAAGCCAGAAGCUCUAAACAAGAAGGCAAUUCAAAUCAUCAACAGGGUUCGAGACAAGCUCACUGGUCGAGACUUCUCUCAUGAUGAAACUCUCGAUGUACCCACACAAGUAGAACUGCUCAUUAAGCAAGCUACUUCUCAUGAGAAUCUAUGCCAGUGCUACAUUGGAUGGUGUCCUUUCUGGUAACAGAAGAUUCCAAAGUAUCCA